AUGUUGGCCUCUCGCCAGCUCCUGGGCAAGGCCGCCCGGAGCCACGCGGCUGUCGCCGGCUUCGCCAUGCGUCGCACCAUGGCCACGGUCUCCGACAGCUCGCUCGACCAGAAGGUCCCCCAGAACAUCUGGGAGUCAAACAACUUCAUCAACUACAAGAAGAUGGCCGAGAAUCUGGACAUUGUCCGCGCCCGCCUCAACCGUCCUCUAAACUUCGCCGAGAAGAUCCUGUACUCUCACUUGGACGACCCGCACGGUCAGGAAAUCGAGCGCGGUGUCUCGUACCUGAAGCUGCGCCCCGACCGCGUUGCUUGCCAGGACGCCACUGCCCAGAUGGCCAUUCUGCAAUUCAUGUCGGCCGGCAUGCCCUCUGUGGCCAACCCUGCGACCGUCCACUGCGACCAUCUGAUUGAGGCCCAGGUUGGCGGCCCCACGGAUCUGGCCCGUGCCGUCGGCAUCAACAAGGAGGUCUACGACUUCCUUGCCUCUGCUUGCGCCAAGUACAACAUCGGUUUCUGGAAGCCCGGCUCUGGCAUUAUCCACCAGAUCAUCCUCGAGAACUACGCCUUCCCCGGUGGUCUGCUUAUCGGCACCGACUCGCACACCCCUAACGCCGGCGGUCUCGGCAUGUGCGCCAUCGGUGUCGGUGGUGCCGAUGCCGUCGACGUCAUGGCUGGCCUGCCCUGGGAGCUGAAGGCCCCCAAGGUUAUCGGCGUUAACCUGACUGGCAAGAUGUCUGGCUGGACUUCGCCCAAGGACAUUAUCCUCAAGGUUGCUGGCAUCCUCACAGUUAAAGGCCCUGGUACCGAAACUUUCAGCUGCACCGGCAUGGCGACCAUCUGCAACAUGGGUGCCGAGAUCGGUGCUACCACCUCGCUGUUCCCCUUCAACGACCGCAUGUACGACUACCUCUCCGCCACCAAGCGCCAGAGCAUUGGUGAAUUUGCUCGCGUCUACGGCAACGGCCUGCGCGCCGACGAGGGCGCCGAGUACGACCAGGUGAUCGAGAUCGACCUGAACACCCUGGAGCCCCACAUCAACGGCCCCUUCACCCCCGACCUGGCGACCCCAAUCUCCAAGUUCAGCGAGGCUGUCAAGGCCAACAACUGGCCUGAGGAGGUCAAAGUUGGCCUCAUUGGCUCUUGCACCAACUCUUCGUACGAGGACAUGACCCGUGCCGCACACAUUGCCCGUGACGCCAUGGCCCACGGCAUUAAGGCCAAGUCCAUCUUCACUGUCACCCCUGGUUCCGAGCAGAUUCGCGCCACCAUCGCCCGCGAUGGCCAGCUCGAGACCUUCGAAGAGUUCGGCGGUAUGGUCCUGGCCAACGCUUGCGGCCCCUGCAUUGGCCAGUGGGACCGUACCGAUGUCGCCAAGGGCACUCCCAACAGCAUUGUCUCGUCGUACAACCGCAACUUUACCGGCCGCAACGAUGGCAACCCCGCCACCCACGCCUUCGUCACCUCGCCCGAUCUGGUCGUCGCCAUGACCAUUGCCGGCUCCCUGCACUUCAACCCCUUGACCGACAAGCUCAAGGACAAGGACGGCAACGAGUUCAUGCUGACUCCCCCUGAGCAGACCGACGGUCUUCCCCUUCUCGGCUACGAUCCUGGUGAGGACACGUACCAGGCCCCCCCUGCCGAGCGCGCACAGGUUCAGGUCCAGGUUUCGCCUACCUCUGAUCGUCUCCAGGUUCUGUCGCCCUUCGAUGCUUGGAACGGCAAGGACGCCACCGACCUGCCCAUCCUGAUCAAGUGCAAGGGCAAGACGACCACCGACCACAUCUCCAUGGCCGGCCCGUGGCUGAAGUACCGUGGCCACCUCGACAACAUCUCCAACAACAUGCUGAUCGGUGCCACCAACGCCGAGAACGGCGAGGCCAACAAGGUCCGCAACCAGCUCACCGGCGAGUUUGGCGGCGUUCCCGACGUUGCCCGUGACUACAAGGCUAAGGGCAUCCAGUGGGUUGUCAUUGGUGACUGGAACUACGGUGAGGGCUCGUCUCGCGAGCACGCCGCUCUUGAGCCCCGCCAUCUGGGUGGUCUGGCCAUCAUCACCCGUUCGUUCGCCCGUAUCCACGAGACCAACCUGAAGAAGCAGGGCAUGCUACCCCUGACCUUCGUGGACCCCGCCGACUACGAUAAGAUCAACCCCAGCGACCGCGUCGAUGUCCUGAGCACUGAGUUGGCUGUCGGCAAGCCCCUGACCCUGCGCGUCCACCCCAAGGACGGUGCCGCUUUUGACAUCCCCCUGGCGCACACCUUCAACGCUAGCCAGAUCGACUGGUUCAAGAACGGCAGCGCCCUGAACACCAUGGCCAAGAACAACCAGCAAUAA